AUGGAGGUCCUUGUGCUAUCUCUCGUCGCUUUCGCCGGCAUGGCACUUGCUCAAGGUCCUACGACCAAUGCAACCACGAUCACGACUUCGACUGCCACGGCCAAUGCAACCACGUCUUCCUCCCCCUCAACUCCGGCUUCGAGCAAUACUACCACUGGCACAUGCGUCGCUAGCACGUAAGUCGUCCGCGAAUCUAUCGUAUAGUUCUGACUGAAAAGCAUCUGACUCUCCUCGAAAGCUUCACCGGUUACGAGUCAGGCCUUCCUUCGCCAUACGUAGUCUGCUCUUGUAACGGCUUUGAAGCCCAGCUCAGCACCACGACGGUCGAAGGGACCCCAUAUACCGUCUGCUCUGAUGCACCGGAGAUCACUGUCUCUGUGCCGGCGGCCAGCACAAUGGCCCCGGCGAUCACGACGUUCGGCAGAAAGAUUGCCGCACUCAGACCAGAAGUUGCUCCGUCUUCACCGGCUAGCCAAGCUGCCAGCUUGAACGGACCAAAGUCUACCGGGGCCGCCGCUACGCUUGAGAAGAAGGUCGGCUUGGGUGGAUUCAUGGCCGCUCUGGCCGUUCUCUGA